CCUAGGAGUUUUGGCAUUUUUGUUUACUCAACUAAUACCUAUUGGGUGUCUACUCAGAGCCAAGCAGGGUUGUGCGCAUGGGCUGCGCUAUCUCCCGGUGUGUGAGACAAACCCUGUCUCUGCUUUUGUGGAGAGUAUAAUCUAGUAGGUGCGCCAAUGUUGAGCGACAUCGCAAUGGUGACAAACAGGCUCAGGUCUAACAAAUUCGGGACCCUGUGAGAAUGUGUGUGGUGGUGGUGAGACUUCUGCUGCCUGGAGAGGCAGAGAAAGCUUCUUUGAGGAAGACACGUGUGGGCUCAGGCAGACUGCCACCUGAGGUGGUGUAACUGAUCACAUCUCAAAUCUGACACUUGGACAAGUGACCAUCUCAGAGCCGGAGUUCACCAGUGUGAAAGACGGAAAAUGCGCACGUGGCGGGGCUGCGGGGAGGAUGAGCUGAGCCGCAGGUAAGCACCUCACAGUUUUAGGCCCACAGGAGGCUCGAAGCGCCUGGUGUUGGCUGUAAUUAUAAAGCAAUGAAAGUAUCGAAGAAAAGCUGAUGUCCGGCCAACACCUGCAGACCAAGCACAGAAGAGAAAUGUGGCAAACGCUCCAAUAAAGGGAAGUCAGGGCCCACACUUGGUACAGAAGCCUCACGUCCUGGAUUUCAGACGCCGCAGCACCAGGCACGGUGUAUCUGCUGACCACUGUCCUCACGAGAGGCUGAUAGGCACUUCUGGCGAUUCGCCUCCUUCCAGCUGCAGUUUAGCCCAUGCCCGGGUCAGAGUUUUCAGGCAAAAAGUAAGGGACCUGAACCAGCCGCCUGGUCAGGGACACGGGUGACUCAGGUUGGGGCUGGCUGGGGCUGGCUCAAGGGACAAGCAAGUGCCGCUCAGCGAGAUGGGCGGGGAGUGGUGAUGCCCAGCUGGAGGCUCUGGGGGACGGUCGGCGGGAAGACCAGGCGCCCCCGGGUAGGAGCUGGCAGCGGGAAACGGCGCGCAGCACGCGGGGCAUCGGGAAGCCGAGUCCGGGGUGGCCGGCCCAGCCUCCCGGGCGCUGGGAUCGCGGCCGUCUCCACACCCUCCAAAUGGGUGUGGGUGAUUUCGUAAGGGAACGGAUCUGCCACGGAGGGGACAGAAACCGAGGAAGUGGGAGCGAGCCGGGGAGGCUGGGCGGGGGAGGGCGGGCAGGGGAGGAGGACGCGGGGAGGAGGAGGAGGGAGGGAGGAGAGCCGAGCCGGAGCGGGCGCGGUGGCCCGGCGGGAGGAAGUGCGCCAGCUGCCCUCGCGUCCUGGCCGCGGCGCCCUGCAAGGAGCAGCCAGGUGAGCCCGCGAUGCUGCCGCGCUCGAGUCCGGGGCUGCGGCUGCCGCGGCUGCUGCUGCUCCUCCGCGCCCUCUCCCCAGGCGCCCUGCUCCGACCCGCGGAGGCGGAGGACGUAGUGGAGCUGGACUUCCUCACCGAGCAGCCGCUGCGCCUGGUCAGUCCCGCGUUCCUGUCCUUCACCAUCGACGCCAACCUGGCCACGGAUCCGCGGUUCCUCACUUUCCUGGGUUCUCCAAAGCUACGUACCUUGGCCAGAGGUUUGUCUCCUGCAUACCUGAGAUUUGGUGGCACCAAGACAGACUUCCUAAUUUUUGAUCCCAAGAAGGAACCGACUUUUGAAGAGAGAAGUUACCUGCAAUCUCAAGUCAACCGGGAUAUUUGCAAAUACGGGUCCAUCCCUCCUGAUGUGCAGAAGAAGUUAGAGUUGGAAUGGCCCUUCCACGAGCAAACGCUGCUCAGAGAACAAUAUCAGAAAGAGUUCAAGAACAGCACCUACUCAAGAAGCUCAGUGGAUAUGCUAUACACUUUUGCAAAUUGCUCAGGACUGGACUUGAUCUUUGGUCUGAAUGCAUUACUAAGAACAGCAGAUUUGCAGUGGAACAGUUCCAAUGCUCAGUUGCUCCUGGACUACUGCUCUUCCAAGAAUUAUAACAUUUCUUGGGAACUGGGGAAUGAGCCCAACAGUUUCCGGAAGAAGGCGGGUAUUUUCAUUGAUGGAUUACAGUUAGGAGAAGACUUUAUUAAAUUGCAUAAACUUCUAAGAAAGUCCACUUUCAAAAAUGCAAAACUCUAUGGUCCUGACGUGGGUCAGCCUCGGGGAAAGACUGUUAAGAUGCUGAAAAGUUUCCUGGAGGCUGGGGGAGACGUGAUUGAUUCAGUUACAUGGCAUCACUACUAUCUGAACGGACGAAUUGCUACCAAAGAAGAUUUUCUAAACCCUGAUGUGUUGGACACUUUUAUUUUAUCUGUGCAAAAAAUUUUCCAGGUUGUUGAGGAGACCAGACCCAGCAAGAAGGUCUGGUUAGGAGAGACAAGCUCUGCGUACGGGGGCGGAGCACCCUUGCUCUCCAACACCUUUGCAGCUGGCUUUAUGUGGCUGGAUAAACUGGGCCUGUCGGCCCGGAUGGGCGUAGAAGUGGUAAUGAGGCAAGUGUUCUUUGGAGCCGGAAGCUACCACUUAGUGGAUGAAAACCUCCAACCUUUACCUGAUUAUUGGCUAUCUCUUCUGUUCAAGAAAUUGGUGGGCACCAAUGUGUUAAUGGCAAGUGUGAAAGGUCCAGUUGGAAGUAAGCUUCGAGUAUACCUUCACUGCACAAACAUCAACAAAAGCCCAAGGUAUAAAGAAGGAGAUUUAACUCUGUAUGCCAUAAACCUCCAUAAUGUCACCAAGUACCUGCAAUUGCCCUAUCAUUUAUUUAACAAAGAAGUGGACAAAUACCUUGUGAAACCUUCAGGACCUGAUGGAUUACUUUCCAAAUCUGUCCAACUCAAUGGUCAAACUCUGAAGAUGGUGGAUGAUCAAACCCUGCCAGCUUUGACAGAAAAACCUCUCCGCCCAGGAAGUUCACUGGGUUUGCCAGCUUUCUCAUAUGGAUUCUUUGUGAUAAGAAAUGCCAAAGCUGCUGCUUGCAUCUGAAAAACAAAGGCAUAUACUAACUCUGA